AUGCCACCAUUCAAAUUGAGAAGUAGAAGCAACAGUAGCAGUAGUUCAAAUCCGCAAACUCAAUGGUAUAAUAAUAAAAACCAGAACCAACCCUCAAUGUCAGAACCGACUUAUACGUUACCAGGCGUUAUAAACUAUCUAACAUCUGAAUUCACCAAGUUGGAACAAUUUAAAAUUGUAAACAAUUUAGAGCGAAGUGAGAUGAAAUUCAAAAUUAAGGAAUUGGAAGGGGAAAUUAAAAGUUUAACAUUCACAAAUAAAUUACAAAAGAAGACAAUUGAAAGAUUGCAGACAGAAAACAAAAAGCUAAGACUGAGACUAAACGAAGAAGAAGUCGAAGAAGUCAUUAUGACUCCAUCACCCGAAGAACUAGCAAAAAUGUCCAAGAUUGAUUUACAGACGAUUAAGAGAACAAGAGAGCGGUUGGCUAAUUCGAUGAAGGAAAUUGUAACAUUAUUAAAACCACCUACUUUAGAACCAAGUAUUUCAUUGGCAAAAACUAGUAAAAAUACGAAUGAUCUAGAAUCUUUAUUGGAUAAACCUGAGAUCAACAAGGCAGACGACUUUAAUUUCAAUGUUAAACCAUAUAGUUUUGAAAGCAAGGAUUAUGAAUCACCAGUUAGAAACCCAAGUUCCCUAAUUUCCCAGUAUUUCAACAGUAAUACCGACCUUAAGGAGAUUUCUAAAGAAAAGAAAAAGGCUGAAAUGGAAAACGACAGUAUCGUUGAUGAUGACGAGAUCUUAGACGCAGAAUUAGAAGAUGUUUUGGAAAAAGCCAUUUCAGAAACAAGUGAUUCGGCAACAAUUGUACUCAAUGAUGACGAUGAUCCUCUUGCUGAUUUGAAUGAUGAUGAUUUUUCACUUGAUGAUAGCCCACAAGAGAGAAGUCAAAUCAAUAAUAACAACAAUAAUAAUAAUGAUGAUGAUGAUCUUGAUUUUGAAGAUAAGCUAUCGUCAUUCCCACUGUUAGUAUCUCCACUGUUAGUACUUCCACUGUUAGUACCUCCUCCGUUAAAAUCCCCACAGUUACAACCCCCACAGUUAGAACCCCCAGUGUUAGAGCCCCAAGUUUCAAGCUCAAUCUCAAGUUCAAGUAAGAAAAAUAAAGAGGAAGAAGGUGGCUAUGACCAUUUAGACGUGUACUAUCAUGAUCCAAACACAAUUUAUUUGAGGUCCAUGAAAGAUACAACCAAAAAGGAAGUUAAAUUGGACAUGCUUUUGGAUGGCAAACUUGCUUCGACGCAAAAAUUUGAAAUGGAAACAUCAGCGCAAGAUAUUGCUGAUAUACUCCCUAUAGAUGUACCUGAUACACUUUUAAUAGUUAAAAAGAAUGGUGAUGUCAAAAGUAUGGUAUUUGAACUAGGUAAUGGCAAAGAACACACCAUAAUGUCUGUCAAGUCAGACUUCAAGGACAUUGAAUCAUGUGGAUUAACUGAGUUCACAGUAAAGAUGGAUGAUACAUACAAAUAUUAUGGAUUGUGUAUUUCAGGGAAGUCUUCCUCGAAUCGAAAAUUCCUACUGAAGAUAUAUGAGUUAAGUUAUGAUUUGUCGAAUCGAGCAGUCACAUCUAAGGAAAUAGGCAGUUACAAUAAAAAGUUUUUAACAAAGGGCAAACCAGCAGAUGAAGUACACUUUGCUGGAUGGAUCAAUAAUGCUAAAGUUGACUCUUUGGUGGACAUUCUUGAAGCUGAUAAAGAUCCAAAAAGCAGCAUAUCGGGUGAUGAUUUGACUCUUUUGCCAUAUGAGGUAUUAUACGAUGUUGAUGGAAAGACAAUCAAAUUGAAUAUAGUUCUGAAGCAAGUUUUGGAAAUUUUAGCUUAG